AUGCCGCCAAGACGUCAAAAUCGUCAAAGAGAUGAUCACGAGAUUGAGAUUGCAGAACUACGUCAGCAAAUUCAAGAAUUACAAGAGCAACUCGCAAGACGUGAUGCUCAAAUAAACAAUAGCAACUCUAGUGAUGAAGAGAAUGACACCAACCCGUUUCAUCAAAAUUUGUCCUCUGAUGAAGAAGUACCUAUUCGUCGCCUGAGAACUGCUGCUACCAGAGAUUUGGGAAUCAAAGUCGACAUUCUUGAGUUUGAAGGAAGACUUCAUCCUGAUGACUUCCUUGACUGGCUCUACACAGUAGAAAGAGUUUUUGAGCUCAAAGAUAUUCCCGAUGAAAAACGUGUGAAGCUUGUGGCAAUUAAAUUGAAGAAACACGCUUCUAUUUGGUGGGAAAAUCUCAAAAGACAACGAGAAAGAGAAGGCCGUAACAAGAUCAGAACAUGGGAUAAGAUGCGUCGAGAACUCAAGCGUAAGUUCCUUCCUGAGCAUUAUCGACAAGAAAUUUUUAUCAAAUUUCAUAACUUGAGGCAAAAAACAAUGACGGUGGAAGAAUAUACAAUGGAGUUCGAGCAACUUCACAUGAAGUGCGAUGUCCAUGAGCCUGAAGAACAAACUGUAGCUCGUUAUCUUGGGGGUCUCAAUGUUGAAAUUGCAGAUGUUGUUCAACUACAACCAUAUUGGAACCUAAAUGAUGUCAUCAGAUUAGCAUUAAAGGUUGAAAAACAACGAUCACGAAAAAGGUCAAUGAGUUCAUCUAGACAACAAGAAUCUAUCUCAAAUGAUGAAAGUCAGAGUUCAGUAACCAUUCCGCCUCCAAAGGUAAACUCUUCCAAAGCUGCAAGUAGUAACGAUAAAAAGACUACUUUUACUCGUGCUUCUAAUGUCAACAAAAAGUGCUUCAAAUGCCAAGGAUUUGGACAUAUUGCUUCUGAUUGUCCGAAUCGAAGAAUUAUUUCCUUAGUAGAAGAAGAAGAUUAUGUGAAUUGGAAAAAAUUAGAACCAGUCUAUGAUGAGUAUGAUGACGAAGAGAUAGAAAAAGUUUCUGCUGACCAUGGAGAAGCUCUUAUUGUUCGUCGUAACCUUAACACUGCCCUGAUGACUAAAGAUGAAAGUUGGCUUCGUCACAACAUAUUUUAUACAAGGUGCACAUCCCAAGGGAAGGUUUGUAAUGUCAUUAUUGAUAGUGGAAGUUGUGAGAAUGUUGUUGCCAACUACAUGGUGAAAAAGUUGAAACUUCCAACUGAAGUACAUCCUCAUCCUUACAAGCUACAAUGGCUGAGAAAAGGAAACGAAGUAAAGGUAACAAAGCGUUGUUGUGUUCAAUUCUUUAUUAGAAAUAAGUAUGAAGAUGAAGUCUGGUGUGAUGUUAUCCCAAUGGAUGCAUGCCACUUGUUGUUAGGGCGACCAUGGCAAUAUGAUCGUCGAGCUCACUAUGAUGGAUACAAGAAUACUUAUUCUUUCAUCAAAGAUGGAGUAAAAAUUAUGUUGACUCCAUUAAAGCCAGAAGACCAACCAAAGAGACAAGAGGAAGAUAAAGCACUCAUCACUGUGCCUAGCUUAAGCAAAGCUUAUUGUGAGUCAAACCAUUUAUGUCUCUUAUUAGUCUCUAAGGAGAAUAAAGUGUCUUCAUCCUUAUCCAAUGAUGGUCAAACAAAAUUGAUCAACCAAAGUUCGGGAAACUUAUCAAGAAGCUUUGUGGAUAACCAUGCCGUUAACAAGACUACAGUUAAGUAUGAUUUUCCUAUCCCUCGAUUGGAUAACAUGUUCAUUGGCUCUAAAGUGUUUUUGAAGAUGGAUUUGAAGAAAAGAGAUCAACAAAUUCGAAUACGACUUGAAGAUGAAUGGAAAACAACCUUCAAAACAAUGGAUGAAUUGAUCAAAUGGUUGGUAUGGACUAUGACAAUAUAUGGAUCCAGACAUCAACAUGGAGUAUGUCCAGGCCUACUCGUCAGAGCCGAGUUUUUCUGA